CCAAAUAAUCAAGUUGACGGAAAGCCCAUCAUAGGAACACCUUUCUUGACCCAUUAGCCCAUUAAGUUCAGGAUAAAUACAAGGAGCUUUUAUUCGUCAGAAAGAAAACAGAGAAAAUCAAUUAACUCACUCAAGAAUCGUAUAGGAAGCAGAAGAUGAAGAGAAUUCCUCGUAUCAAGUUUCCUCAGAGACACUCUCCUUCUUCCUCAUCUGCUAUAUCCUCAGGUCCUGGACCAACGUCGGGAUCUGUCUCCGGCGGCAACAAAAAUAUCACGGCGAGUUCAGAUGUCCCGGCAGCUCCGAAGAACACUGCUGUUGGAGGAAAAGCAUCUUUGCAGCCGAAACGCACACCUGUCUCCGACAAGGAAAUCGAGUCUAUAAUGUUGGGAGGAUGCAUCUGACAUUUGACGAUUGGAUCUUGGAGCUCCUGUCUUUUCCUGCUGGUGAAGUUCAUUAUGCUUUGUUCUUUCUUUUUAAUGUAAAGAAAGAACUAAUAAUAAUAUAGAGAGAUGGUUUUGUCUGAAUGAUGCUCUUUCUCGUUGUCAGAACAGAGAGUUCUAAAAUUAUUGUUUUCAUGGCUCA